GGCUCAGGUCCGACCCGCCCAGGUUUCUCGCGCGCAGGGCGGCCGACUCCCAGCACCGGCUGCCGCGCUCCUCGCCGCCAAUGGCGCCGCCCGCUGCGGCCACUUCGGCCGUCCGCCCUGGUCGGGCGGCGUCGCCCGCGCAGAGGAAGCAGGGCGCUGCAGCGCCGGCGGACGAGAACGCGCCGGCCAACGUCCGGAGCGGUGCGGGCCUGGAGACCCCGCGAGGGGCCGAGGUGGCCGGAGCCGCCGUGGCCAAGGCCGCGCCUGUGGCGGCGCCCGGGCCCAUGGGCUGGCCUGCGCGGGUCGCCCUGUGGGCGCUCCUGUUGGCCGCGCUGGCGCUCUCGGCGGCGUCGGGUUACUGCCUCGGGGCUCGGGAGCCUGCGCCGUGUGCGAGAGUGAUCGACACGGUCAGGAGCCGUGGGCCCUGGGCUCAACCACCGCUGUACGAUCAAAAAGGCGCACAGUCAGGAGUCGUGGGCCUUUUUUCGACUAGACGUAAGAGUGACUUUUCGCCGGACUGACCUCAGUGCGGGCCCAAUGCGGUCCCCCAAUCGCUGAACGCGAGGCGGUAGCAGCGGCUUGCGCGCCCAGGAUUGAAAGGGAAAGCGGACUAAUUCGAACGCAAUGAUGAGCAAAUCGCUCACCUGAGCCAUCGUCGUCCAGGCGGGCCUCGUGAGCGAUCACUUUUGCCGAGCGACCACUCAUACCAAACGACGUUCGUCGUUGGGAGAGACUGGGCCAAACUAUUUAGUCAAUUCGUCGGCCGUGCAUCGUCGACGGAUCUGCGGCUUGCAGGGCAAGAUGUGGGCACACUCGUGUUGAACACGGAUUCGUGUUGCGAG